AUGGAGCUGCUGUUCGGGCGCCGGAGGACGCCGGAGGAGCUGCUGAGGCAGAACCAGCGCGCCCUGGCCCGCGCCGUGCGGGAGCUGGACCGCGAGCGGCAGAAGCUGGAGGCGCAGGAGAAGAAAAUCAUCGUGGACAUCAAGAAGAUGGCCAAGCAGGGCCAGAUGNNNNCGGUGCGGGUGAUGGCCAAGGACCUGGUGCGGACGCGGCGCUACGUGCGCAAGUUCAUCGCCAUGCGAGCCAACGUGCAGGGCGUGGCGCUGCGGGUGCAGACCCUGAAAUCCAACAGCGCCAUGGCCAGCGCCAUGCGCGGGGUGACACGGGCCAUGGCCACCAUGAACCGGCAGCUGAAGCUGCCCCAGAUCCAGCGGAUCCUGCUGGAAUUCCAGAAGCAAUCCGAGCUCAUGGACAUGAAGGAGGAGCUGAUGAACGACGCCAUCGACGACGCCCUCGGGGACGAGGACGACGAGGAUGAGAGUGACGCCGUGGUGUCGCAGGUGCUGGACGAGCUGGGGCUGAACCUGACGGACGAACUGGCCAGUGAGGACUGGGGGAUGGAUUUCUGA